AUGGCGCAGCGGAAGGAUAAAAAUUUGGCCGGUGUGGUGUAUGGCGUUGAAGAUUUCCGUGUGGAAGCAAUCCCUAUCCCUCGACCCCGUGAUCAUGAGGUACUGAUCGAGAUGGAUUGUGUAGGAAUUUGUGGCUCGGAUGUGCACUACAUCUCGCACGGUGGUUUCGGCGAUUAUAAGCUAAAGGAUAAGCUGGUGCUUGGCCACGAAUCGUCCGGCGUGGUGAGGGAAGUUGGACGCACUGUGACGAAUUUGAAGGUGGGUGAUCGUGUCGCGAUAGAACCAGCAAUUGGCUGUCGUACCUGUCGACAGUGUAAGGCCGGUCGGUACAAUCUCUGUCCGGAGGGCAUUUACUGUGCGACGACAGGGCACGGGAAUUUGUGCAACUUUUACACGCAUGCUGCCGAUUGCUGCUUUAAGCUGCCCCCGAAUGUAACGAUGGAAGAAGGCGCACUGUUGGAACCGCUCGCUGUUGCCGUUCACUGCUGUCGGCGGGGUGGAGUCAGCAUUGGCAGUAAGGUGCUGGUGCUGGGUGCUGGACCAAUUGGGCUCGUUACGAUGCUGGUGGCUAAAGCGAUGGGAGCGGCCAAGGUGUGCGUCAUCGAUCUGAUGGAGAGUAAGCUCGAGCUGGCGAAAACUCUGGGCGCUGAUGCGACCUUGGCUGUCAGUGGACAUGACGCGCAGGAGGAUAUGGUGAAGCGGAUCCAUCUGUUGCUUGGUACUGCCCCAGACAUUAGUAUCGAGUGUACUGGGGCGGAAGCGUGCGUACAGCUAGCCAUCGCAGCUACUGUGCCGGGCGGUGUGGUGACCCUUGUCGGGAUCGGAGCAAUAAUGCAGCGCAUCCCAAUAACGACGGCGUUGGUACGCGAGAUCGACAUCCGAACGGCAUUUCGCUAUGCAAACUGCUACCCUGCAGCACUGGCCAUGGUCGCAAAUGGUACGAUCGAUGCGCUAAAACUCAUCACACAUCAUUACGAUCUGACCGAAUCGGAACAAGCGUUCAAAACUGCACGGUACGGACUGGAUGGAGCGAUCAAGGUGAUGAUCCACUGUCAGCCAAGAAACAUGAAUAAUCCCCAGAGGAAGGUGUAAUACC